AUGCUCUCCUCUGGGAAGGCAGCAGGGCUUCUUUUUAAGAGCCCCUGCUUCACAAACCUCUACAACAGAGACAGAAGGAGGACUUGGGACAUGCGUAACACUCCAAACAGCACAGGUAAGGUCAUUUCAAUGGCAUGCAACAUCAGUGACUACAAUCUCUGCUGUGAUUACGAUUCAGACCAUGACUGUUUGAACAACUCGCUCUUGAACAUCAGCAACUGCUCAGACCCCAGUUGUAAUGACCUGUCGUCUUAUUGGUGCGAGGCUGGUGAGCAUGAGGUCACCAUCAAAAUGUUCCAGACUUGUGUUUUCUGCGUCAUCUUCCUGCUGGGCGUAGUGGGAAACUGCCUGGUGAUUGCCACCUUUGCCCUUUACCGCCGCCUCAGGCUUCGCUCCAUGACUGACGUCUUCCUGUUCCACCUGGCACUGGCUGACCUCCUCCUGCUCCUCACGCUACCAUUACAGGCCGUCGAAACUCACCUGGGUUGGAUCUUCUCCGUUCCCCUCUGCAAGGCCACGCGUGCCUGCUACGCUAUCAACACCUACAGUGGGCUGCUGCUGCUGGCCUGCAUCAGUGUUGACCGCUACUUGGUGGUGGCGCGAGCCCAGGAGAUGCUCAGGCUGCGCAGUCAGAUUUUAAGAGGUGGGAAGGUAGCCGCUCUGGGUGUGUGGGUUGUUGCGGUGUUCCUCAGCCUGCCUGAAAUCCUCUUCUCUGGGGUGUCGCAUGUGUUCAAUGGUGAUGGAAUGAUGCCUUACUGUGGCAUGAUAAAGAGUGGAACAGUCAAAAUGGCCACCAAUGGAGCCAUCAUUGCUGUCUUCUGCCUGUCCUUCUUGAUUAUGGUGACAUGCUACUCUUUGAUUGCUCAAGUGCUGUGGGAGGGGAACAGUCAUCGACGAGGGAAGGUGUGGCACCGGCAGCGCACCUUGAAGCUGAUGGUGGCCCUGGUGGUGGUGUUCCUUGUGUUCCAGCUGCCGUACACUGUGGUGCUGUCGCGUAAAAUGGCAGAGCAGUUCUGCAGUCUUCUGUUGGAGUACAUGACCUGCACAUUGGCGUACACCCGCUGUUGCCUCAACCCUAUCCUGUACGCCCUGGUAGGUGUGCGCUUCCGUAAUGACGUGCUGAGGAUCAUCCAGAAUUCAGGCUGUCCAUGUGGGCGCCACAUGGUGCCACCGACAGUGAGCUCCACCUCCAUCACCCUCUCCUCACCUGCUUUCACCGCGCUCUCAGUUUGCUCUCCAACAUUACCCAAACACAGUUACUCCAGCAAUGAGACAGCGGUGAUCCCCACCAAGUUUCAGUUUCAAGCAACCAAUAAUAUUUAAUGAAAUGGACAAUAAACUUGCUGUACACUUUGCAUUGUUUAUAUACACAUUGUGUACAGUUACUAUACAGAUGCAAUGAACCUACAAAUGCGCUGCAAACAUAUGCAUAUAAUUAUUAGGACUGGAAAUCAUCGGAAAAUGUUCAUUACCAGUGUCAAUACAAUACAUCCAGAAUAUUAGGAAGUUACUCAUAGGACUCCCUACUUGCCUAAUUUUAAAUGUGUAUAUAUAGGCAUGCAGACUUGCUUUUUCCCAUUGAUUAUCUUCAAAAUGCCUUUUGUAUGUUAUUUCUUUAUAUUAUUCAUUUAUUCAGCAAGGGCUACUAACUGUACCUUUAUUGUGAUGGCUAAAUGACUCCAGGGCCUUUUUAACCAUUUCUUUCUUUCUCUUAUAUUAUAUUAAUUACUUCAAAAUCAAAUACUGAGAUGACAGUUACUGCUGCUUAGCUAAGCUAGGCUAUUACCUUAUAGCAGGAGUAGUUAUUCAUCCAUAUCAUGACUGGACUUAGCCACUGCUUUGUGACAUGAAAACCUAAAUAGGACUGCAACUAAUGAUUAUAUUCAUUAUCAGUUUAUCUGCUGAUUGUUUUCCUGAGUAAUAUAUCAAUUGUUUUCCAAUUCCUGUUUCAUGUUCAAUUGUCAAAAAGUCAGAUUCCGGUCAUGACUAAGUUUUGAAUGAAUAUGUUGUAUGUAUGUACUGCAUUUUGAUGUUGUAAGGCAGUAUUGCUCUGAUGUUAUGCGUCUUGUCAAAAAUAUGGAUGAAAUACUGUUGAACCAUAGAAUAAAUUGAGAUGUUAUAAUAUAAAUCAGGAAAUAUCAUAUCAAACUAACUUGAUACUAACUUUCAGUAUUUUUAGCUUUAAAUGCUUGUUGUUGUUGACACAUGUUGGUUGUUACUCAAAGUCUUGAGGAUUGCUGCGUAACACUAGUCAUUCACAGUGCUACUGUGGUCAAGAGCAGUCACAUGUGGUCACAUUGUAUUUGUUCAGUCCAGAGUGGCAUGACAGAAAGCAGAUGGUCAAGAAUCAGCUUUUAAUGCAUUGCUACAGAAUUUGCUAUUUGUUAUUUCAUAGUUAAUUCACCAGAUAUUAAAUAUAGAUUUUUUUGUUUUGAUGUAA